CUGUUGGGGUUUUCUUCUCUGAUUUUUCACUACACAGAGUUCAGAGUUACUGCACUGGUUUGGUGAACCUCAACCAUUUCUAUGGCGGUUUCAGUUUCAUCUUCUGAGGAAAGUAAUUGGGGCCAAAGGGUAUCGGAAAAGGUUCUUUCUUUCUACGCUUCUCUUCCCAAAAAGGGCAAACCUCAAGGCCGUGAAGUCACUGUUUUGGCUGCUUUCCUUCUCUCUUCUCCUUCCAACGACUUGAAGGUUGUUGCAAUUGGAACGGGAACAAAGUGCAUUGGGCGCUCUCUCUUGCGAACUUGUGGUGAUGUUGUUCAUGAUUCGCAUGCUGAAGUCAUUGCUCGAAGAGCUUUGAUGAGGUUCUUCUAUACACAGAUUCAACAUCUUACAGAAACUAAUGGUAACCACGGACCUACCAAUGGAGGCAAACGGUUUAAAUUUGAUGAUGGUAACUUGCCAUUUGAGUUAGAUACAGGGUGUCUUAAUAAAGCGAAAUAUACUUUGAGGAAGGAUUGGAAAUUACAUAUGUACAUAUCACAGUUACCAUGUGGAGAUGCUACACUGAGUUCGGUUGUCUCGCCUUUGGAAACUGUUCCUUUAGGAGAAAGAGAUUCAACUUCACCUUUGGACAACGCUUUAAACCAACAGGGGAUGGUCCAGAGGAAGCCGGGUCGUGGUGAUACGACGUUGUCAGUUAGUUGCUCUGACAAGAUAGCUCGUUGGAAUGUUGUUGGUGUUCAAGGAGCAUUGCUUUCCUACUUUCUUCAACCUGUAUAUCUUUCUUCAAUCACUGUUGGUCUUCCCAUUAACAGUCCCGGGAAUUUUCAUUUUGAGGAUAACUUGAAAAGAGCUUUGUAUGAACGUAUCCUACCCUUAUCAAGUGAACUGACAUCUCCAUUUCUGGUGAACCAGCCGACACUUCACGCCGCACCAGUACCACCAAAGGACUUUCAGCAAUCUGAGAGUGCUGCCAACACCUUAACAUGCGGAUAUUCUAUAUGCUGGAAUGAAUGUGGGUUGCAUGAAGUCAUCCUGGGAACCACUGGAAGAAAGCAAGGCACCUCUGCAAAAGGGGCACUCUACCCUUCUACACAGUCAUCUUUAUGCAAACAGAGGUUGCUGGAGGUUUUCUUGCCACUGAGAAGGGAAAAAUUGAGCAGUUCUCUGGCCAAUGGGAUUACCUACCGAGAACUUAAGGAUGGAGCUGAAGAAUAUAAUUUGACUUCCAAAAUUUUCAAAGGGAAGCCACCUUUUAACAGGUGGUUCUUGAAACCCUUAGAUUGUGAGGCAUUCCCCAUUUCAGAAUAAUACAUUUACUUAUCUGUCUAAACUCCAUCUUUGGUUAUGUCAUCCAACUUCUGUAAUAUGAGAAUGUUGCUCAAUUGGACAUGGUUGCACAUCCUAAGAGACAGAGGGGUAGAAUAGAAGUUUCAUGAAUCAAAAAAGGGGUGGUAAGAUGAAAAGUGGAGGGGGAUGUUUAGGAAAUCAUUGUCCAGUGUAGGAGACUGAUGGUUAUGAAGUCUGUAUUUUUGGGCCAACAAGGACUUGAUUAUCUAUUUCUUUCAUGAUUGUCAAAUGAAUCCGAAUUAUCACUAUUGGAAACUCUUGGGGGUAUUUCUUUUAGGGUUAAAUAUGUUUUUGGUCCCUUAACUUUCAAUG